AAUGCCAACCAUAGUAUUCAAAUCGUAGCCAUGCGCACUGCGCAGUACUGUCUGGAAUUAAUUAUUUCGAUUUCUGGUUAUUGCUGAAUUUGUGGUUUGCUGCAGGUAUAAUUUGUGAAUAUUUAGUGGUUGUACAUAACGUUCUGCAGACGAAAAUACGUUUUCUAAAAUGUACUCUCCUGGUCCGGAUGGUCUACUGGGCGGUGAGAGCUUUAUGGGAGACUUCAAGUUUUCAGACACCACAGUCCGUCAUGCGUUUAUAAGGAAAGUGUACUCGCUGCUGACGGUCCAGAUCGCCAUCACGCUGGCCUUGAUCGCGCUGGUGUCGUACCACGAGCCCGCGAGGGUCUUCAUGCAGGCCCACCCGGAGGUUUGGUGGAUCGCCUUCGCCCUGAUGCUGGUCACCAUCAUCGGCAUGGCGUGCUGCCCAGGCGUCCGGCGCCGGUCGCCGCUCAACCUGGUGUUCCUGCUGGUGUUCACGCUGGCGCAGGGCUUCAUGCUGGCGGCGCUGGCCGCCACCUACAACCGGGACCUGGUGCUGAUGGCGGUGGGGCUGACGGCGGCGGUGUGCCUCGCCCUGACGCUGUUUGCGCUGCAGACCAAGUGGGACUUCACCAUGUGCGGCGGGGCGCUGCUGGUCGCCGCCGUGGUGCUCAUGGUGUUCGGCAUCGUCGCCAUCUGCGUCCCGGGCAAGACGGUCGUGCUGGUGUACGCGUCGCUCGCCUCGCUCCUCUUCGGCUUCUACCUGGUGUUCGACACCCAGGUGAUGCUCGGCGGGGCCCACAAGUACGCCGUCUCGCCCGAGGAGUACGUCUUCGCGACGCUCACCCUGUACCUCGACGUCGUCAACAUCUUCGUCAACAUCCUCACCAUCCUGAGGCUGGUCCGCGACUAGGCUGGUCCGGGCGCCUCCCAGGUGUCCUGUGUUCCUAGCACGGCUGCUUGUUUUCAAGGUUACAGUGAAGAUGAGUGGUUUCACAGCUGGUUCUGCUAGUCUUUAAAGUCAUAGAAAUGAGCAGAGUAGUAUUAUCACCUUUGUAUAUAUUUUUUGGACCUUAUUUUAGGCUAGAUAUUCAAAUGUGAGAUCUUGACGGUUGUUGGUGGACCAUAUUGUAAAUUAUUGAUUAAUUUGUGAUAAAAACUUGUUUUAGGAAAGGCUUGGUUGAAGUUUUCAUCAUUCCCAGUAGAAUGGUUUUUAGUUAAAAUUACUUUUGAGAUUAGAUUUGUUUGUUGGAAUUUGCUUUUGAUGGUGUUGGUUAUUGUCUCAGUUAACCUUGUACUUAUAGGUAUAAAAUUAUUGAUUUACAUUUGCAAGUCAAAGGAAUCUAGAUCUUAAGAAGUACAAUUAAUCAAAUAUAUCAUUGUUUCCCUCUUGAUGUAGCAAUAUAGCAACACGAAGAACAUUGCAUAAAAAAAAUGUGGUUUUUUACCUGCAUUUUACAUUCUAUCCAUUUAAAUUUGUCCAGCCCUGAUAAAUUUGACUUUGAACCCAGUUAUUGAAUUUUUUAAAAAAUUUCUAGAUUGGAGUUAAAUAGGGUUUCUAUUUCUGCUGAUACAUGUUAUAGUUAUGGACUAUGUUGGAAGUAUGUAUGGCAUUACCGUGUUUUAUCGCAGAAUCGUCGCACGCACAGAAUCGUCGCAACCAUAUUUUAGGCUGUCAAAA